AUGGACAGGAUGGAGAAGAAGUGGGGGCCUGGCAGCAGUCAGGCAAGAGAUAUACUCACUGUCUUCGCCGACGAUUUUCUCCAUCAGGAAACUUUUACAAGCUUUGCCGAACUGCAGCAGGUACUCACUCGGCUUGAAGCUUUGUUUCAAUCCCUCGAGGAAGUCGGCCUUGAAGUCAAUCCAGCGAAAUCCAAGGCACUGCUCAUGGUGCAAGGCACUCAGCAAUCCCUCUUCCGCAAGCAAUACACCAAACGAUUAAAAAAUCAGCUCCAUUUGGUUCUUCCCUCGGGGCAUCAGAUUCCGAUUCAUCAUCAGCUGACCUAUCUAGGAGUGCAACUAAGCUAUGGUGCUUACAAGGAUCAAACAGUAGACUACAGGAUUUCUCAAGCCCAAGGCAAAUUUGAGCUCCUUAGGAGUAUCUUGUGCACGACGAAAGCCCUUGACGAGGCGAAGAAACUAGAGAUCUGGCGAGUGUAUGUCGAGUCUUCGCUCUUGCAUGGCAUAGUCUCCACGGGAAUCACCCACACGGGACUGCAAAAGCUCCAGAGCAAAUAUUCUCGGAUGCUCAGAUCUAUCUUUCAGCAGCAUCAGCAUUUUAGUCGCAUGGAAACCACAGAGCUGUUUGAGCACCACAAGAUCCAAACUCCUCAGGAAGUUCUUCUCAGGCAAAUGAGGAACUAUCAGGAUGCGAUGGAUGCUGCCAAGCCAACAGGCGACUUACAAACGAUCCAAGAGUACCUGGGUCUACGCAGCCGGCUGAUUAGCCAACAGCAGCUACUUCAAUCCAUGCAAUUGGCUCUGGCCGAAGAAGAUCAUGCAGAUCAAUUGAAAAGAGACCCUGACCUGCUUCUCAAAAAGGCUCAUGUGACCAAGCACUUGCGGGCUUACUGCAGCCUCUGUGGGCAGUUCAUUGUCGGUCACAAGGGCGUCAAACAGCACAUUCAGAAAGCGCACCAGGCUUUCUGGGCAGGGGCCUCAGACUCAGUCUAUGCCAACAUGCGCACACAUAAGAGACUGCUUCAUAAAAAGGAGGAAUGCAGAUAUUGUGGAAUGAUGGUUGACGCUCCGGUUCGCCACGCGGACCAGUGUGUAGUCCUGCUGCAGGUCUAUGCCAUGAGUGCAGCAAUGAAAAAGUCAACCGACCCACACAUAGAAUAUGGCACUGUGACGUCGGAACUUGGGAUUCGUGCGCAGGUAGUGAGACCUGGCAAUCUGGAGGAAGCGAUCCUCUCGAAGUCCAAAAGGGGCGUGAAGUACGAACUAGCAAAGACUGCUGGAGCUCCCAAGGCGGUAGUGAGACCUGGCAAUCUGGAGGAAGCGAUCCUCCCGAAGUCCAAAAGGGGCGUGAAGUACAAACUAGCAAAGACUGCUGGAGCUCCCAAGGCGGUGAGCACGCGCGCAAUCCUACUUCUUAUCGUCUCACGCCGACCAGACCGCUUCGUGGACGACUCGUGGAUCCUGACGACGUGCCAGAGAAAGCAGGUGCAAUCGGUGACUGGAGAUUCGAGCAGGAUGAUAGAGUUCGACUUGUUUGAGUCAGGCGGGGUGGUUGCCAUGCUUUGUGUCAUUAGGCCCAAGAAUCUUCAGGCCCUGGGUGGCUGCAUCGACUUCCUCUGGGGUGCAGAGCUCAGCUUGACGGGGCUGAGGGCGGCCUCCCCGAUCACCUUCGACGCUGCAGACUCAGAGAGAGAGGAGAGUUUUGAGUACAGUGAGAUCAAUGAAUGCACCAAGCAGCUCUAUGCCUGCGUCACACAGGCGGCAAUCCAGCAACGUGCAGGCAAAGAUGUUGGGGCCCCGGCGACCUUGCGCUGUCUCUGCUCUGACGGAGCAGUUGCACCGCUUGUGACGGCGCCAACGUAUGCCGAGCUCAAUCAUGUCGUCCCAGCUGCCAUGACGAUCAUGGCCAGCUGCCUGCGCCAACACCUGCCGGGAGCUGUUAGGUUCUCUCAGCUCCGGGAUGGAUCUGAAGCUAUCCCACACUUCUUUCUGGAAGAUUCCGACGCAAAGACAUGUGAUUUUGGCGAUGGUGAGCUUUUUUACGAAGAUUUGCAUUGGCCGAACUGUCCAUGCUUCGACCUGAGCCUCUGUGACGCAGAGCAGGACGACCCCUAUGACUGGGAUCACCUCCUCGAGAUGCUUGAGAUCCAGGACGAGUACCAGUUUGACCAUGGCAAGGAGGCUGAACCACCGGCGCUAGCCAAUGAAGAGGCUUCGCCAGCUGCAGACAGCAAAGCAGCGGUAGUAUUCCCAUGGCCAUGCCCUUACAUUGCCCGCUGA